AUGGAUUUUGCAGGAUCCGCUCGCUACUUGUUGGCAGUGGCGACGAUAGCCAUAGCAAUCUCGCUUGGCUGUGCGGCCCCCCAAAUUCGGCUUGACCUUAUCCAGUCCAUGCAACACCAGCGACUCCGCUCCUACGUCGCUACCGUCCAAGUUACAGCUACGGUUGCCGAAAAUUUCAUGUAUCUUCAAUACCAAGAAAUACCAGUUGCCACAGACUUCUCCGGACGACAAAAACAACAAGAUUCGCAGCAACCGCCUAAGCAACAGCCACAGCAGAUCUCGCCGAAACUGACGGUAGCCAAACAACCGGGCGGAAAACAUCCUUACCAGUCGUUGGAAAACGCAUCUGUGAGACCGAGACCGAGACCUUCACCGAGACCGAGACCUUCACCGAGACCGAGACCUUCACCGAGACCGAGACCUUCGCCGAAACCGACGGUAGCCAAACAAUCGGACGGAAAACAUCCUUACCAGUCGUUGGCAAACGUAUCUGUGAGACCGAGACCGAGACCUUCACCGGGACCGCACCCUCCGCCGAUACCGGAGAUAGAGAUCACAACCCACGAUUUCCGUCCCUUAGUGAAUGUCCCGCUGAAAAAAUGCAGUGAGGGUCAAGUGUUCAACAGACACCUGAAAUGCGUUCCAAAGCCUGAAACAAGUACCAACCCUGAAGAUGAGGAGAACUAG